AUGAACGUAUCACAAGAUCCCAACCCACAGGGAAACGGGAAUGGCCCAUCCCCCGCGCAAAAUUGGCUGAGACAACAAAUAAAGCAGUUCAACGAAGACAUGGGACUAAAACGUGUCGUGAGACAGACUGCAAUAAAGAGACAGCACCAGCACGAUCAGCAAAUGAAACAACUAACUGAUCGUUUAGAGGAACGCUCCCAAUCCUACAAUGAGCUCAAGGAGAAACACCGAGCCGCCAAACGGGAGGCUGAAAAGAAUGCUGACUCGGCUCGUCGUUCAGAGGAAAACCUCCGAACAUCUUACAAUAAGCUCGACAAGAAAUACAAAGAUGCUGAAGGGGAGGUUCAAGAUCUAAAAACGAAGCGCGUGGAGGCUCAGACGAAGCUAGUAGAGGCCCAGAAAAAGGCCCAGGAUCUCGAAGAACAACUCAACAAGGAACGUCGAGACGCAAAACAAAAUGCUCAAGAUCUAGAAACGAAGCUAGGGGAGGCCCGGCAAAAGGUACAGCAUCUCGGAAAACAACUCAACGAGGAACACCAAAACGCUAAACGGAAGGCUCAAGAUCAAGAGACGAAGCGUGUGGAGGCUCAGACGAAGCUAGGGAAGGUCCAGCAAAAGCAUCUCGAAAUACAACUCGAAGAGGUUAAAAAAACCAAUAAAGAUCUCCAGGAACGAUACUAUCAGGCCCAGAAGCAUAUUGGAAUAAUGAUAGAACAGUUUGUUGAAGCCAGUAAAAAUCGUUCCUUCCAUCGGGAUACCUGGAGCAUGGACAGGGUGGCUUUGCACCAUGCCUGGAGCUUGGAGAAGGCGGCUUUGGAGGAUACUUUGCAAGUCACGUUCAACCAAAUAACUCUUCUCGAGAACCAACUCUAUCAGACACAGAUGAACCUCGACUUCAAGGUUCAAGAACUAAGGCAGGCCGAGAAGCAGCUUUGCUGGCAGCUAGAGAACCAAUUUCCAGCCGUAACCCCCAUUGAAGAGAGUGAUACUGAAGAAACAGGAAAUUCUCAAUACGCUGAUCAGAUUCAAGACGAAACUUUCGUUGAAGAGAGUGAUACUGAAGCAACAGAAAAUUCCCAAUACGGCAGUCAGAUUCAAGGCGAAACUCUCGUCGAAGAGAGUGAUCAAGAAAUGGGAAACUCUCAGCACGCCAAUCAGAUUCAGGACGAAACCCCCGAGUCCCAACCAGUCGAAUUGGCACGGGUUAGGGAGGUUCAGCUGGAAAGCAUCCUCUACUAG